CUUGUUGACCAAAAAGAAAUCCAUGAAAUUCUAUUGAUUUCGUGCGGCUCCUUAAACAAAACAUUAAAAAUGCUGCUGGAACAAGUAAAUAAUAUUAUUGCCGUGCUCUCCGGAAAGGGAGGAGUAGGAAAAUCCACUGUAAGCACACAGUUGGCGCUGGCCCUGCGAAAUAUGGGAUAUAAGGUGGGAUUACUGGAUGUAGAUUUGUGCGGACCGAGUGUUCCGUAUUUGUUGGGACUGGAAGGACGCGAGAUAUUCAUGUGCGAUGAGGGCUGGGUUCCCAUCUACACGGAUGAAUCGAAAACCCUGGCCGUGAUGUCCAUUGGAUUUCUGUUGAAGAACCGCGAAGAUCCCGUCAUUUGGCGUGGUCCCAAAAAGACCAUGAUGAUCAAGCAGUUCCUCACCGAUGUGAAAUGGGAAGCGAUGGACUAUUUGAUCAUUGACACGCCACCGGGCACUUCGGAUGAGCACAUCACCGUGAUGGAGUGCCUCAAGGAGAUGCAAUGCAAUGGAGCCGUCAUCGUGACCACGCCGCAAGAGGUGGCCCUGGAUGAUGUGCGCAAGGAAAUCACCUUUUGCAAGAAGACUGGCAUCAGGAUCAUGGGUAUCAUAGAAAAUAUGAGUGGAUUUGUAUGCCCCAGCUGCUCUUGCUGUACAAACAUCUUCUCCUCGAACGGGGGCUCUGAGCUGGCCAAGUACGCUGAUAUCCCCCAUCUGGGAACAUUGCCCAUAGAUCCACGAGUUGGUGUCUUGGCAGGCACAACUGCCUCCGUAUUGGAUGAACUGCCAGACUCACCAAUGGCGAAUGUGAUGCGCGAGGUAGUUGAGAAAUUGAAAUCUGUUAAGCUGUAACUAUAAGAUGUAAAUAAAACAAAAGUCUGUAAAUUUUUUAAUAAA